AUGCCACAUUUCCCCGACGAGAUUGAAUACUCAGAAAAAUACUAAGACGAUCUGUUCGAGUACAGACAUGUCCUUUUGCCAAAGCACAUCUACAAGAAGGCUCCAAGAGGCAGACUACUCACUGAACACGAAUGGAGAUCUCUAGGAGUGCAAUAAAGUCGCGGCUGGGUACAUUAUGAGAUUCACAAACCCGAGCCAUUCAUCUUACUCUUCAGAAGACCACUGGGAACAGACCCUACCACCGGAAUGCCACCAACUUCUCACCCAUACUAUUAACAACAUGUUAUGAUGAUGAAUAAUCAAAUGGUCUAAUGA